GCCUAGUCGGCAUAUAAACGGCGCCGCCUCUCCGCCUCUCACUCCCGGCUCCUCUCCGCCGCGCACUCUCCCGCGCGCGGAGGGCGGAGGGGAGGUGGCGUGCGCGCCGGGAGGAGGGGGGACGCAGGGGGCGGGGCGGAGACAGCACCUUCAGAGAUAAUCCUUUCUCCUGCCGCAGAGCAGAAGAGCGGCGGGAGAGGAACAGUUCGGCGAGGCACAGCGAGCCGGCAGGAUGGCGACCGUGGUGGUGGAAGCCACCGAGCCGGAGCCAUCCGGCAGCAUCGCCAACCCAGCGGCGUCCACCUCGCCCAGCCUGUCGCACCGCUUCCUAGACAGCAAGUUCUACUUGCUGGUGGUGGUCGGCGAGACCGUGACCGAGGAGCACCUGCGGCGUGCCAUCGGCAACAUCGAGCUGGGAAUCCGGUCAUGGGACACAAACCUGAUUGAAUGCAACUUGGACCAAGAACUCAAGCUUUUUGUAUCUCGACACUCUGCAAGAUUCUCUCCUGAUGUUCCAGGACAAAAGAUCCUUCAUCACCGAAGUGACGUCUUAGAAACAGUGGUCCUCAUCAACCCUUCGGAUGAAGCGGUCAGCACUGAGGUGCGCUUGAUGAUCACCGACGCCGCCCGACACAAGCUGCUUGUGCUCACCGGGCAGUGCUUUGAAAACACCGGAGAGCUCAUUCUCCAGUCCGGCUCUUUCUCCUUCCAGAACUUCAUAGAGAUUUUCACCGACCAAGAGAUUGGGGAGUUACUGAGUACCACCCAUCCUGCCAACAAAGCCAGCCUAACCCUAUUCUGUCCCGAAGAAGGGGACUGGAAGAAUUCCAAUCUUGAUCGACACAACCUCCAAGACUUCAUCAAUAUUAAACUCAACUCAGCUUCUAUCUUGCCAGAAAUGGAAGGACUCUCUGAGUUUACUGAGUAUCUCUCAGAAUCCGUGGAAGUCCCGUCUCCCUUUGACAUCCUGGAACCCCCCACCUCAGGUGGAUUUCUAAAGCUGUCCAAACCCUGCUGUUACAUUUUUCCAGGAGGCAGAGGUGAUUCUGCCCUGUUUGCAGUGAACGGAUUCAACAUGCUCAUCAAUGGAGGAUCAGAAAGAAAAUCCUGCUUCUGGAAGCUGAUCCGGCACUUGGACCGAGUGGACUCCAUCCUGCUCACCCACAUUGGGGACGACAAUUUACCUGGCAUCAACAGCGUGCUUCAGCGGAAGAUUGCAGAGCUGGAGGAGGAGCAGUCCCAGGGCUCCACCACCAACAGUGACUGGAUGAAAAACCUCAUCUCCCCUGACUUGGGAGUUGUUUUUCUCAACGUACCUGAAAAUCUGAAAAAUCCAGAACCUAACAUCAAGAUGAAGAGAGGCAUAGAAGAAGCUUGCUUCACUCUGCAAUAUCUCACCAAAUUGUCCAUGAAACCAGAGCCUCUGUUUAGAAGUGUAGGCAAUACCAUCGAUCCUGUCAUUCUUUUCCAAAAAAUGGGAGUGGGUAAACUUGAGAUGUAUGUGCUUAACCCGGUCAAGAACAGCAAAGAAAUGCAGUAUUUUAUGCAGCAGUGGACUGGCACCAACAAAGACAAAGCUGAACUAAUCUUGCCCAAUGGUCAAGAAGUAGAUAUCCCAAUUCCCUACUUAACCUCAGUCUCGUCCUUGAUCGUGUGGCAUCCAGCCAACCCUGCUGAGAAAAUCAUUCGAGUUCUGUUUCCUGGAAACAGCACCCAGUACAACAUCCUGGAAGGACUGGAAAAGCUCAAACAUUUAGACUUCCUGAAGCAGCCACUGGCCACCCAAAAGGAUCUCACUGGCCAGGUGCCCACACCCACCGUGAAACAAGUGAAACUGAAGCAGAGGGCUGACAGCCGAGAAAGUCUGAAGCCAGCUGCCAAACCACUGCCCAGCAAAUCAGUGCGAAAGGAUUCAAAGGAAGAAGCCCCUGAUGUCAGCAAAGCUAAUCUGGUGGAAAAGCCCCCCAAAGUUGAAAGCAAAGAAAAAGUCAUAGUGAAAAAAGACAAGCCAGUAAAAACAGAGACCAAACCUCCAGUGACGGAAAAGGAGGUGCCCAGCAAAGAAGAGCAGCCUCCAGCCAAAGUCGAGGUGCCUGAGAAGCCAGCCACAGACGUCAAACCCAAAAUCACCAAAGAGAAGGUGGUGAAGAAAGAAACAAAGGCAAAAGUCGAAGAAAAGAAAGAGGAGAAGGAGAAGCCCAAGAAAGAAGUGGCCAAAAAAGAGGAGAAAACACCUGUCAAGAAGGAGGAAAAACCAAAAAAGGAAGAAGUGAAAAAGGAAGUCAAAAAGGAAAUCAAGAAAGAAGAGAAAAAAGAAUUCAAGAAAGAGGUCAAGAAGGAAACACCAAUGAAAGAAGCCAAGAAGGAAAUUAAGAAGGAAGAAAAGAAGGAAGUGAAAAAGGAAGAAAAGGAACCCAAAAAAGAAGUCAAAAAACUCUCCAAGGACACCAAGAAAACAUCAACUCCUCUAUCUGACACAAAAAAACCAGCUGCUUUAAAGCCAAAAGUUCCUAAGAAGGAAGAGCCCGUGAAGAAGGAGUCUGUUACUGCCGGGAAGCCCAAGGAAAAGGGGAAAAUUAAAGUGGUUAAGAAGGAAAGUAAGCCCACGGAGGCUGCUGCUGCCGCAGCCAUUGGCACUGUGGCAGCCACAGCAGCAGUGGCUGGCAUAGUGGCUGCUGGCCCUGCCAAAGAACUCGAAGCCGAGAGGUCCCUGAUGUCAUCUCCUGAGGACCUAACCAAGGACUUUGAGGAGCUGAAGGCUGAAGAGAUUGAUGUCGCAAAGGACAUCAAGCCUCAGCUGGAGCUCGUUGACGAUGAAGAGAAGCUGAAGGAAACUGAGUCAGUGGAAGCCUAUGUCAUCCAGAAGGAGACAGAAGUCAUCAAAGGUCCUGCUGAGUCUCCUGAUGAGGGGAUCACAACCACCGAAGGGGAGGGCGAAUGUGAGCAAACUCCCGAGGAGCUGGAGCCAGUGGAGAAGCAGGCGGUGGAUGACAUUGAAAAAUUUGAAGACGAAGGAGCAGGUUUUGAAGAAUCCUCAGAGACUGGGGACUACGAAGAGAAGGCAGAGACAGAGGAGGCUGAGGAGCCAGAAGAGGAUGGAGAGGAAAAUGUGUGCGAGAGCACCUCCAAGCUCAGCCCCACUGAGGAUGAAGAGAGUGGAAAGGCGGAGGCAGACGUGCACAUCAAGGAGAAGAGAGAGUCUGUGGCCAGUGCUGACGACAGAGCAGAAGAAGACAUGGAAGAGGGAGUAGAGAAAGGGGAGGCUGAGCAGUCUGAGGAGGAGGGUGAAGAGGACAAAGCUGAAGAUGCCAGAGAGGAAGAAUACGAGCCUGAAAAGGCCGAAGCUGAAGAUUAUGUGAGGGCUGUGGUUGACAAAGCCGCAGAGGCUGGUGGCACUGAGGAUCAGUACGGGUUUCCUACCAUGCCACCCAAGCAACCCGGAGCCCAGUCUCCUGGCCGUGAACCUGCGUCUUCAAUUCAUGACGAGACUUUACCUGGAGGCUCUGAGAGUGAGGCCACCGCUUCUGAUGAGGAAAACCGAGAAGACCAGCCAGAGGAAUUCACUGCCACCUCGGGCUACACUCAGUCUACCAUUGAGAUUUCCAGUGAGCCCACGCCCAUGGAUGAGAUGUCUACUCCUCGAGACGUGAUGAGUGACGAGACCAACAACGAAGAGACAGAGUCCCCAUCUCAGGAGUUCGUGAACAUCACCAAAUAUGAGUCUUCCCUGUAUUCUCAGGAAUUCUCCAAACCUGUUGUCGCCUCAUUCAACGGAUUAUCCGACGGGUCAAAAACAGACGCCACUGAAGGCAAGGAUUACAGUGCCACAGCCUCUACAAUAUCACCACCUUCAUCCAUGGAGGAAGACAAAUUCAGCAAAUCUGCUCUCCGGGAUGCUUAUUGCUCUGAAGAGAAAGCAGAAAAAGCCAGUGCUAUGUUGGACAUCAAAGGUACCGUCUCUCCAGUUUCAGAUGAAAGACUUAGCCCAGCCAAGAGCCCCUCCCUGAGUCCGUCUCCACCAUCACCCAUCGAGAAGACCCCCCUGGGUGAACGUAGUGUGAACUUCUCUCUGACACCCAAUGAGAUCAAAGUUUCCACAGAAGCAGAAGCAGUCUCUGUGUCUCCUGAGGUAACCCAAGAAGUAGUUGAAGAACACUGUGCCAGUCCUGAAGAGAAGACUCUAGAAGUCGUGUCACCAUCUCAGUCUGUGACUGGCAGUGCUGGCCACACACCUUACUACCAAUCUCCCACUGAGGAGAAAUCCAGUCACCUCCCUACAGAAGUCACUGGAAAACCACAGGCAGUUCCAGUGAGUUUUGAAUUUGGUGAUGCCAAAGAUGAGAGCGAAAGGGCUUCCAUCAGCCCCAUGGAUGAGCCUGUACCUGACUCAGAGUCUCCCAUUGAAAAGGUCCUGUCACCUUUACGCAGUCCUCCUCUAUUUGGAUCUGAGUCUGCAUAUGAAAGUUUUCUAAGUGCCGAUGGCACAGCUCCUGAAAGAUGUACAGAAAGCCCCUUUGAAGGAAAGGAUGGAAAACCAAGCUCUCCAGAUCAAAUAAGUCCAAUUUCUGAAAUGACUUCCACUGGCCUUUACCAAGAUGAACGGGAAGGGAAAAGCACAGACUUUAUACCAAUAAAGGAGGACUUUGGUCCAGAAAAGAAAAGUGAUGACAUGGAAGCCAUGGGUGCCCAACCAGCACUGGCCUUGGAUGAAAGGAAAUUGGGAGGAGAUGUUUCUCCCACACAAAUAGAUGUCAGUCAGUUUGGCUCUUUCAAGGAAGAUACCAAGAUGUCCAUUUCUGAAGGCACCGUCUCGGACAAGUCAGCCACACCCGUGGACGAGGGCAUAGCAGAAGACACACACUCCCACAUGGAAGGGGUGGCCUCAGUCUCCACAGCCUCUGUGGCUACCAGCUCGUUUCCUGAGCCAACAACAGACGAUGUGUCCCCGUCUCUGCAUGCUGAGGUUGGCUCUCCACACUCCACAGAAGUAGAUGACUCCCUUUCCGUGUCUGUUGUGCAAACCCCUACCACCUUCCAGGAAACGGAAAUGUCUCCAUCUAAAGAAGAGUGCCCAAGACCGAUGUCAAUUUCUCCUCCAGACUUCUCUCCUAAGACAGCCAAAUCCAGGACGCCCGUUCAAGACCACCGAUCUGAGCAGUCCUCCAUGUCUAUUGAAUUUGGCCAGGAAUCUCCUGAGCACUCCCUCGCUAUGGACUUUAGUCGGCAGUCUCCAGAUCACUCCACCGUGGGUGCAGGUGUCCUCCAUAUCACAGAAAAUGGGCCAACCGAAGUGGACUACAGUCCUUCUGACAUGCAGGACUCCAGUUUGUCACAUAAGAUACCGCCCACGGAGGAGCCGUCCUACACCCAGGAUAACGACCUGUCAGAGUUCAUCUCAGUGUCUCAGGUGGAGGCCUCCCCAUCCACCUCUUCUGCUCAUACUCCUUCUCAGAUAGCUUCUCCUCUUCAAGAAGACACUCUGUCCGAUGUCGCCCCUCCCAGGGACAUGUCCUUGUAUGCCUCACUCGCCUCUGAAAAGGUACAGAGUCUGGAAGGAGAGAAGCUGUCUCCCAAAUCUGAUAUCUCUCCUCUCACUCCACGAGAGUCCUCUCCUUUAUACUCACCCGAAUUUUCAGAUUCUACCUCUGCAGUGAAGGAGAGUGCCGCAGCUUGCCACACCUCCUCUUCUCCACCUGGAGAUGCGACAUCCGCAGAGCCCUAUGGCUUCCGUGCCUCCAUGUUAUUUGAUACAAUGCAGCAUCAUCUGGCCUUGAAUAGAGAUAUGACGGCUUCUGGCUUGGAGGACAGUGGAGGGAAGACACCCGGUGACUUUAGCUAUGCUUAUCAAAAGUCUGAGAAACCACUAGCUCCAGAUGAAGAAGAUUAUGACUAUGAGUCUUAUGAGAAAUCCACACGGACCCCAGAUAUGGGUAGCUAUUACUAUGAGAAGACAGAGCAAACCAUAAAGUCCCCAUGUGACAGUGGCUACUUGUAUGAGACUGUUGAGAAAACCACCAAGACCCCUGAAGAUGGUGGCUAUGCCUGUGAAAUUACUGAGAAGACCACGCGGACCCCCGAAGAGGGUGGGUACUCUUAUGAGGUAACUGAGAAGACAACUAGGACCCCAGAAGUGGGUGGCUACAGCUACGAAAAGACUGAGAGAUCCAGAAAGCUCCUGGAUGACAUCAGCAAUGGCUAUGAUGACUCUGAGGAUGCAGCCCACACAUUCGGGGACUCCAGCUACUCGUACGAGACCACAGAGAAACUUAGCAGCUUCCCUGAAUCUGAAAGUUACUCCUAUGAAACAUCUACAAAAACGACACGAAGCCCUGAGUCUGCCGCAUACUGUUACGAGACCACGGAGAAAAUCACGAAAACCCCCCAGGCAUCUACAUACUCCUACGAGACCUCAGAUCGAUGCUACACUACAGAAAAGAAGUCCCCCUCGGAGGCCCGCCAAGAUGUGGAUUUGUGCCUCGUGUCCUCCUGUGAAUACAAGCAUCCCAAGACAGAGCUGUCUCCCUCCUUCAUCAAUCCCAAUCCUCUGGAGUGGUUUGCCAGUGAAGAUCCCAUUGAGGAGUCAGAGAAGCCCCUCACUCAGUCAGGGGGAGCCCCACCACCUCCAGGAGAAAAGCAACAGGGGCGACAGUGUGAUGAAACCCCUCCCACCUCAGUUAGCGAGUCAGCUCCAUCCCAGACUGAUUCUGAUGUCCCCCCGGAGACGGAAGAGUGUCCUUCCAUCACAGCUGAUGCCAAUAUCGACUCGGAAGAUGAGUCGGAAACCAUCCCCACAGACAAAACUGUCACGUACAAACACAUGGAUCCUCCUCCAGCCCCCCUGCAGGACCGAAGCCCUUCUCCCCGCCACCCUGAUGUGUCCAUGGUAGACCCAGAGGCCUUGGCCAUUGAGCAGAACCUGGGCAAAGCUCUGAAGAAAGACCUAAAAGAGAAGACCAAGACCAAGAAGCCAGGAACAAAGACCAAAUCCUCUUCACCCGUCAAAAAGGCUGAUGGGAAGCCCAAGCCCUUGGCAGCUUCCCCCAAACCAGGAGCCUUGAAGGAAUCCUCGGAUAAGGUGUCCAGAGUGGCUUCUCCUAAGAAGAAAGACUCUGUGGAAAAAGCGACGAAAACCACCACUACUCCUGAGGUCAAAGCCACACGUGGGGAAGAGAAAGACAAGGAGACCAAAAACGCUGCCAAUGCCUCCACCUCCAAAUCGGUGAAGACCGCAGCUGCAGGACCAGGAACUACCAAGACAGCCAAGUCCUCAGCUGUGCCUCCAGGCCUCCCAGUAUAUUUGGACCUGUGCUAUAUUCCCAAUCACAGCAAUAGUAAGAACGUUGAUGUUGAAUUUUUCAAGAGAGUGCGGUCAUCCUACUAUGUGGUGAGUGGGAAUGACCCUGCUGCCGAGGAGCCCAGCCGGGCUGUCCUGGACGCCUUGUUGGAAGGGAAGGCUCAGUGGGGCAGCAAUAUGCAGGUGACUUUGAUCCCAACUCAUGACUCAGAAGUGAUGAGGGAAUGGUACCAGGAGACCCACGAGAAGCAGCAAGACCUCAACAUCAUGGUUUUAGCAAGCAGCAGCACAGUGGUUAUGCAAGACGAAUCCUUCCCUGCAUGCAAGAUAGAACUGUAAAAACCACGGCCAGCCACCCUACAGGAUUUGAACUUUGUUUCCAGAAAUUCUUGAAUUUGAAACUACCUUUUCUAAAACAUCAAUUCAUCUAAUUAAGUCGCUAAACAAUUACCUGCCAAAUGCUAUACUGUGUCAUGUGAUGCAAGUCACUAAUAUUUCUCAGUUUUUUGCUGAUUGCUAAGGGAAGUAACAGUAUUCCCACAGUAGGGUUCAAGUUACUGCAAAAUUACUACCCCCAUUCAUCUCUGCUGAACAUUUGGAAACCAUGCACUAGCAAACCCAACUGAUUUCUGCUAGGUAGAGGCAUUUGUGUUAGGGAGAGAGAGAGAAAGAGGGAGAAAGAGAGCAAGAGAGAGGAGGGGGGAGGGAGAAAGGGAGUGAGGGAUUGAGCAUACAAAGAGAAUGCAGGAAAGAGAGAGAAAGAAUGAGAAAGAAAAAGAAUGCAAGAGAAGGAGAUGGAAUGGUAGGGAAUUCUGGUGAGAAUCCCAGAGAGAAAAAGAGAGAGCAGGGUGGGGUAAAGAGAAGACAAACUAACAAUUAGGUCUGUAUUUUCUCAGUCAGUAGAUAUUCUGUAGUCUACAUGGGCAAAGUUUUCCAUUUUUGUAGUCUGAGUCAUCCCAAAGGGUCUUAAUUUUCUAAAGCAAGUUGGCUAGAACAAAAAGAACAGAACUUGUGCUGAGGGCAUGUGAGACGUUCACGCCUUAAUUAAAAGCUCUUUCAGUUCGAAGGCUGCACACUGACAUACGGUAGUGAGUGUAGACUGGACAUGCAAAUGGUUUGAGCCCCAUUCAGAACUCUCAGACUCUUUAAAGACAUGAGUAGACUGAUCUAAGGCAUGCUCCCAGCAUUUGUCCACCCACUUAGUCCAUACUGCGUCAAUUAACCUGCAUGCAACAACACCCAAGUCCACCCAAUUAACUGAAGCAAAUACCAAAGCAGUUGGGAGUACAAUACGGUAGACAUUUUGCCUUAGGAAGUGACUUGAAUGUACAAAGAUACUUGAUGCACUUAUUUUUUAAUGUGAGACAGCAAGUUUAUAAAACAUCCAUGUAGGAUUGUAGGCACUCAGGUUAAAGGCGUGUGUGCGAGGGGGUAACCAGAAGCUGAUCUGAUUGGUCCAACAGUUUGAUGCUGAGUCAUGCGUGUUGAAUACCACUUGGAUGCACUUGUGGCCCCUCAGCCAAACAAGUUGCGCCUUUCAUAGCUUCUUUACAACUGCAAGUUCAAGAGUGAAAUGGCUUCUGUGAUCAGAACUGGGAAAACAGUGAAUCUUAUGGUGGAAGAGGUUCUCAGCAAGUGUACAGUAUUUACCUUCCUUUGUCUUACAUUGGCUUUUUAAAUUUUCCAUUAAUUUCAACAUAAUUAUGGGAACAAGUGUACAGAAGAAUUUUUUUUAAAUAUGUGAGAACUUUUCAUAGAUGAACUUUUUAACAAAUGUUUUCAUUUACAGGAAAAUGCAAAGAAAAAUUUCAAGUGGAAGUUUUUUUUGUUUUUUUUUUUUUUAAAGUGUUUCGUAAGACAAAAAUUGAAGUUUUUGAAGUUCUGGCAAGAUUGAAGUUGAUACUGAAGUAAUAAUAUUUAUUAAAAACCUGUAACUACCAGGAAUAAUGAAACCUCCCACCCUUUGAUUCCCAUCCCAUAAAAAUCUAUGUAUGUGGUACUUGAGAAUGGCAUGGUGGUAGGGUACCUUUCAGGGCCUUUACAAGUACAUCACCCACUGGUAUCCUACAUUCUUCUUUCAGUACCUUCAACCAUGAGGUAAAAGAGCCAAGUUCAAAAGAACCCUUGUAAAAAUUUGCUUUGGGAUUUUCUUUUCUGGAAAAAAAAAACAAAAAAAACCAUAGACUGAAAACAAAUGAAUUCCCAACUUCCCAACUCCUGCAUUCAUUCUGUAGAGUUCAAACAUAGUGUCAAUCAGUGUCAUCAUUGAACCAUGAACCUGGGAAGCCAGAUCACAAUUAAAACUGAGGGCCAGUCUCAAGUGGCAGAUCAAUGUACCCAGUGUUCAGAUAUGGCUCAGUGACAACUGUGCUGUGCUCUGUCACGUUACGUUUCCUGCAGACUCUAAGAGCUACGGAGUAGUGAACAAUGACCUCACUUUAUUUCCUGUGUUAUUUAUUUCAAUAUUAACAUUUUAGUUUAUUUUCGUCUGUUAAGUGUAUGUUUUGCACUGCUAUCUACUAUGAGGGUUUAAACAAUGCUUCUUCAGGGUCCCUUCUUUGGGGUCCUAUGCAGUCUACUUAAUGCUGUGAAUUACCUUUUCCAAAUGUUUAAUUUUUUUAAAUCAAUAUUCUAUUUUUGUUAGGCUUCUCUUGGAAUGCAUUUUUUUUAUUUAUUACCUUAUUUCUUCCAAGUCCUUAAAAAUAGCACAUUAAAGGUACAAAAAUUGUAUACAUAAUAGAAGUCAUUGUGAUGAAAAUGGAUUUCCUUGACUAUAAACUCAUCUACUUCAAACUUCCUUUAUGAGACAAACUGAAACUCAAGGUAGUUAUUUAAUGGUUAGCUGUUGAGUUGGCCAAUGCAUGGGAAGAAAAUUUCUAGCCUUCUUGCCAAAUCCAGACCUCUGGUUGAUCUUUCUUUGACAGAAGAUGAAGUUAUUUUCCAAUUUCCCAAAUUAAUUUAACAUGUAUAUUUUGCUUUAAAAAAUGCAGGCAUUUUAGGAGAAUCAAUAGCCAGUCUUUGGCUACAACUACUCUAUCCCACUUUUUUUUUCUGCUAUGAGAUUUAAUGGAAAAAAUAUUUUAAAAAUUGUCACUGGUUAGCUGGCUUUUUCCUACAAAAAUCUAUCGGUACCGUACUCCAUCCAUUGUUCUCAAUGAUGGCUACAGAGCCUGAGUAUACCGGAAAAACCAAUAUUUGCAUUACAGGUUGCUCCUGUCCUUCCAGACACCUUUCCUACCUGUGUGACUAACCUAAUUUUGCUACUCCCAUAAAUACACAAUUAGUUUAGUAUCAGCCAUCACAAAGUACCAUGUACCUUCAUGGUUGAGCUGAAAAUCGACACAGGCUUCUUAAAAGCUUUGUUCAUACUGAUUUCUUAAUCCGAUUGUAUAGAUUUGAAUAUUUGAGUGGACGGAAUUUCCACUCAGUUUAAAUGAUGAGAUUCUAUUGAGAUAGCACUCAUGAUCAUGACCUUUUUGGUAGUAUUCUUAAAAUUCUACAGAGACUAAACGUUAGAGACGACCCUCCGUUUUCAAUUUUAACCAAUUCUCUCCCCUUUCUCAAAACCCCAACCCCUGUGCAUGCUUUCUCAGUCUUGUGGUGGGACUGAAUACAAUGACUGACCGACCCUUCCCUCUCCCUCCUCCAACACCAUUUUCCAUGGAAUUCAAAAGACAAAAUUUUUUCUUAUCGUUACAUAUCAUAGUGAAUGGUUUCCCCAGUGUAUAUGAAUGUUUUAAGUGUCUGCAAUAGCUUACAAAGUUUAGGAGCUUUCAAUCCUCAUUUAAUAAGAUUUAAUUAUUUGCUAAUGGAAAUGUCACCACCUUUCAUUUUCCCUCUGUUACCAAAUUUCAGCUCUCAGGAGCUGCUCCACUUCUGGAAUUGCUUUCCUUGCCUCUCUUUAGUCAUCUGUCACAGGAGAUUCCUGCUCAGUAAUGAUACUGUGAGUUAGGAUAAUGACUUUUUUUGUGCUUCUGAUUUAGGAGAAAAGAUCCUGUUUCCAUUUGAAAGGAACUGUAAGCUUUUAUCCUUAACCAACUGAACAACACAUCAUCAGCAGUCUAGAGAUGAGCAUUUCUUUGACAGCAGUUAGGUUAUUCACCUGGUAUUAACACUGUUCACUAUAUUAAAAAACAAAAAAAACUGUGACUUUAUGAAGUUAAUUUAAAAGGCAGCAUCAAAAACUGAAAAGGAAGGGAAAAUAAACCCAGCUUCUCUGCAGUUGUUUGGAGCUCCCCAAAAGAGGGGCCAUGGAGAAGAAGCUGCCCUUUGGACAGCUGCAGCUCAGUCACACUUUCAAGCCCUGGAAAGAAGCCGUCCUGAGCCAAGCCAGGCCGAGAAGCACUUCACACUCCUCUCUCUCGUUCUGAAUGGUGUUUGUGUCAGUCUGCAGCUGUGUAUGGUAUUGUCUUAUAAUCCUGCAUCACUUCUAUCCUAUCCAGUCAUAUCUAAUGUAGAAAAUUAGUUUCCAGUGAGAGUAAUAUGUAGUGCUUUUAUGAUAUUUGUGUGCAAUAUCCCCUCUUCCAUUGAGGAUAUUUGAUGUAAAGGAGAAAAAAACUCAGUUCCACAAUAAAAUACAA